UCGGCUCGCUUGACCAUCAUUAUUAUCAGUGAACAUAAGCAACUCUAUUCAUAGCACCAGACUGCUUUAUUUACAUUAACUAGUGCUUUGAUACAUUAAAUAUCGACUCUUCUCUUCUUUCUACCUAAGCUCAAAAGGCCAUAUACUACUUAUUAUGAAUGCUCCACAAUCUGAUUCACACUCACGCCUCCAAUCCUCAAGGUUUAUCAACUAAAUUGUUCUGUCAACUUUCUGAUUGUGUUGCUUAUCUAUCUACUAGGCAUAGUUUUCCUUAUCAACUGACAUGUUUCGUCACUUUUCUGCCACUCAUACCGACCCAAAAUUUCUUCUCUUACAGCCAAAACGAUUGAGAUCUAUUGUUCAAUAGAAAACUUCAAACUCACUUGGCUUACAUUGUCGCGACCGCUAAUAAUCCGCGUGCAUGCACUAUGUAGGCAUGAUACUCCUUUUAAAUAACACAGAAUGUAAUCGUGAAGAAAAUAGGUGCUUCUCUGCAUUUUGUUUAAGGUGUACUGUAAUAGGCUUUUUUGCCACUGAGUUUUGCGUGCAUAACUGCAUAUCCUGUUUUUGGUCAUUACUGUCUCUCUAGCAUGUGGGCCUAACAAAGUGAAAAGGGGACAUAAGGAAAUGGGCUUAGUGGCAAAGAUGAAUACUUCCCUUCAAUAGAACUACAGCAGAAGGCAUGUGUCAUCAUUGCUUUUGUUUGCCUAGAGUAGUGGACCACCCAGCUAUCUAGUCACUUCCUGACCAAACACUGUGAACAAGAAGCAUCUCUACACUAACAUGGCAUUAAAUCAGCCAAUAAACAAGUCCUCAAUUAUGGCCAUGGCUUGGGGAUUAUUCAGUGAUGGUGCUGGGGUCCUUUCCAACCUCAAUGCAUGUCACGAAUUCUUCAGCUGGACGGCAUCAGUUAUAACCACCAUUCGUUAUCGACAGAGCACCUCAGAGUCGUCAGACAGAGACAAGACAGCUGCACAACCACAUGAUAAAAAGAAAUUUGAUCGGCUGGAGGUUGAUCUUUGGAAGCUGAAGACAACAAUGCCCAAGAUGCUUGACCUCAUUGAUCGGGUCGAGUUUCUAAGCCAUAAGGAACAAGCGGCUGCUCUCCUCCCGGAUAUCAAAGGUGCAGUGUUCGAUGCGGAGGACCUGCUUGAUGAGUUUGAUUAUGAUGUACUUAAGUUGAAGGUUGAAUGCAGCAAGAAUUUGGAGCCAGGUCACUAUAAUGACACCUUUCUGGAAUUCUUUGACAGAUCCAGUGAUUACAUAAGAGAAGUCAACAUAAUUCAAGAAAAACUAGAUCAUGUCUAUAAGCAGGCCAUGGAUAUGGGCUUGCACCAAGCACCGCGGAAGUUUGAUAAAUCAGUUAGGCCAGAAACAACUACCUACUUUAAUUGUGUGGAAAACAUGGUUGGUCGUGAAAAAGAAAUGAAGGAGUUUGUGGGAAAACUAGGAGUUCGUGGACUGAAGAGAGGAAGAACUGAAAACAAAGCAAGAAUGACAGAGUUGCCUGUGUUAUCCAUUGUUGGCAUGGGAGGUGUCGGAAAGACAACAAUGGCCCAACAAAUCUGCAAGAAUACAAAUGUGAAGAAACACUUUGGCCCCAUAAUUUGGACAUGUGUUUCAGAUGAAUUUGACACAAAAAGGUUAAUGAAAGCGAUUAUAGAAGGCCUCGGAGGAGAUGCAUCAUCUGAUAAUCUGAAUGUUCUUAUUGGUAAACUAGAAGAUCGUGUCAAGUCCAAAAAGUUCUUGCUUGUCCUUGAUGAUAUGUGGGAUGAUAUCUUGAAGGAUGACGCGGCAGAGUGGAAGGGCUUGUGUGCAUGUUUGAAAAAUGGUGUUGAAGGAAGCAGGAUUUUGGUCACCACAAGAUUUCCCGAGGUUGCUGAGCUAGUUGGCCCUCUGAAUAAUUAUGUGUUAAAUGGCUUAGAACCUAAGGUAUUCUGGGAUUUCUUCAAAUUCUGUGCAUUUGGACCCACUAGUUCUUGCAACAACCGGGAGUCACUGGAGUUGGAGCGCAUCGGUAAAGACAUUGUUCCAAAGUUGAAGGGUUCCCCAUUAGCUGCCAAGACUAUUGGACGCUUGCUGAGAAUGGAACUAAGUACAAUACAUUGGAAAACUAUAAAGGAAAGUGAACUCUGGGAAUUAAAACAAUCAGAUACUGACAUUCUGCCAGCCCUUCGACUGAGCUAUAUGUAUCUACCGCAGAAACUGAAGAGAUGCUUCUCAAUAUGUGCAAUGUUUCCCAAGGAUCACAAAUUUGGGAAGGAUUUUCUAGCUGAUAUUUGGAUUGCACACGGAUAUGUGGAGGGGCCCCAAGAAGCAUCAACGUGCUUUGAUGACCUUGCAAAUCGUUCAUUCUUUCAGAAAGCAUCACCACAGAGUGUUAAGUACUAUGUAAUUCAUGAUCUGAUGCAUGAUACAGCACAACUAGUCGCAAAGGAUGAGUGCUUCAUUAUAAAGCAUGCUAGUGACCUAGAUAAAGUUCCUUCAAAUGUUCGUCAUCUGUCAAUAUUCACAAAUGGGAAUGUUCAGUGUUCUGAAUUGAAGAGCAUAUUCAACAAGAAAAAAUUGAGGUCUCUGGUAUGCGAUGAAUCAUAUAGCAAAGCAAAAGAUUUUGAGCCUGUGAUAGACUGUUGGUUCAGGGAGCUAACCAAAAUCCGUGUAUUGAGUUUUAAACUUUCUGGAGUACGACAACUACCUGAGAGCAUGGGUAACUCAAAGCAUCUGCGUUUCCUUUCUUUACAUGGAAGUGUUACUUUCAGCACAUUUCCAUUAUCAGUAUGUCGUCUGCAUCAUCUGAAAAUUAUAGACUCUAGCAGUUGUGUGAUUGAAAAGUUUCCUCCAGGCUUCAGUGAUGUCCUCAGCUUAGAGAAGAUCAAUUCAAAUAGUUUUAGUUAUAGCAAGGGCCACUCUGGCAAACUCUGCCUAAAAUGGCGCCAUGAGCUGCAAAGUCUUGAGGGAAUAAUGAAGAUAAUGGAAAACCAGAUGGAAAUGUUACCUCACUGGAAUCUCCAACAUUUGCACGUAAAGAACUACAGAGGUAAAUCUUGCCCUAGCUGGCUCCAGCCCAACCUCCUGCCAAGGUUACGUUCUCUUGAAUUUACGAAUUGUGUCAGUUUGAAGAGCAUACCAUUCUUUCUCCAGUUAGUUGGGUCACUGGGCAAUACAUCACAGUCAGACAACAUUAAUCGUAUUGAAGAGUUGGUCAUAAAAGAAUGUGGUCAAAUCAGUUGGCAAGGCUUGGUGGUCUUACCUACUUCUCUUAGAAAGCUAGACCUUCAGAGCCCGGGCUAUUCCAUGGAUCACUUCGUGAGCUGCUUCCUUGACCUCACCUCCCUCACUUAUUUGAAAAUGCAUGACUGCGACUCGUUGACAGCUAUUCCCCUGCAUGUGUGGAGAAGCAAUCUUCCAUCCCUGGAAGAACUAGACAUUUGUUCUUGUAAUACCCUUACAUCAAUAGUCUCUGAAGCAAGUAGUAGCAGUAGCACCACCAACGGCGGCAUUAAAGGAUUCUCAUCCCUUGCUAAGAUACGUAUUCUUUGCUGUCGGAAAUUAUUGAGCUUGCAUGAAUUCUUCAAGCCAGAUUGUCUACCUGCCGUGAAGACCAUUGAGGUUUCCCAUUGUGAAAAGUUGAUGUCGCUCUCUGUUGAUAGGCUCAACGGGUUGCAGCAGUUAAAAGUUGUAGCUUGUAAGUUGAAUAUGCAGCGGGCAAUGAUAUUACCAUCCUCUCUUAAGAAGCUCAGCUUGAGUGAUUGUCAGGGCAUAGAAUCCAUCAACCUCGCCAAUGGCCAGUUGGCAAGUUCUCCAGUAUUGGAGGAACUUAGCAUUUUGCUCUGUUCAGACCUUAAGUCCAUUGGUGGUGCAGCAGCUGUUGAUAGAAUAAAGAAAGUGUGUAUAAAGGAGUGCCACGAGCUCAAGGAAAUACAACAGCUGCCUCUUUCACUGCCUGGUUGGUACUUCCGAUUAUGAAAUCAGCAAUUGGAACAUCAUGCACGGCGUCAUAAUUGAGAACACGCGCUACGGGAGCCCGUAAUCUCGUUUUCUUUAUAAGAUGGAAUCAGAUGAGAUGUAUGUCGUGCAGGGCUGUUGGAGGAGUGCGAGGAAAACAAAUUAAGGGCACUUUGAUGCUCCAGGAGCUUGCUAGUGUCCUGUAUCAACUAUAGCAGCAGGGCAGAGUAGAAUUUGAGCCUUGAGUAAUGUUUGUGUGUGUAUCCUGCAUUUCUAUUUCCCCACUGGAGCAUGUUCCGGUAGAGAAAUUAUAUUUCCUGUUCCUAUCCAACUUAUUUACCGUAUAUCCUCAUGAACCUACCAAUUCGUUAUUGAAAAAUAAUGUGCGACUCCGAA